CACACAAAGAGACCUUUGGUACCACAGCACUGACUGCUUUGUAAAGUCACAGAGGAAAGAACCUGGUGUCUGUGUGGACUUACCAAAGGGACAAAAACACUAAAUGGCAUCAGCCCAGUUUACACUGUGAUAGGCACUGGUGGAGACCAAAUUACACAGUGACAAGGUUUGCUGGAGUAAGGAGUCUGUGUGACAGGGCAUUUCACAGGUUCCAUACAAAAAAUGAUGAUCUAACAUGAGUUGACAAGGCUUCACCCAUUGCUUGUAGCCUACAAGGAGGCGAAGAGAUGUAUCAUUUUACUAGAAAUACAGAAUCUACAAACAACAGAAUGGGGAGAGACACAAAGACAUCCUCUCACAUCUAUGGGAGUCAACAGCAUCAAAAGGAGGAAUAUGAUGAUGACAACACGAUGGAUGAUAGUGACUCUCAAACACAGUACAUCCCGAUCCGCAGGAACUCUCGCUUCUACACAUCAAUGAGAGGACGGAAUAAGCAACGGAGAGACAGACUGAACAUAAGGGAGAACACAAGGGAGGGUGUGGCAAUUAAGUCUCUGAAUGCUGGUCAACAGGGACAAAGGGACCCCAGGAGUGUUCGUGUGAAUGUUGCUACAAAUUCUUCGACAGCCCCCACAUUAAACAGGGAAUAUGGACAAGCUGAAGAUUCACCCAAUCUCUCCGAAGGCACACCAUCCCCAUCUGAAUGUGCCCAUACUAACCCUGAAUCACUGCCAACCGUAUAUCCUGCACCUUCGGACUCUUGGAAAACCCUAAUGGCACACAUAGAGCUCCUGUACCAGGAGUACCGGGAUAAAGCCAAUCAACAUGAGAUUCAAGCGCGAAGAUUGCAGGACAACUAUGCGAGUACAACAGAGACACAAGAAAACUCCCAAACCUCGGAAGAGGGGUCACCGCCACCUAUUGAACACCACAGGAGCAACUCCACCCUCAGUCGUCUGCAGAGUUCAUGUUCUGGAUUCAAUUUAUGGCAGGACUUACCAGAGAUCAAGAGCAGCAAUGUCCUUGAUAUACUUAGUCCUCCGCAAAUUAAAUUACAAGAGGCCAUGUUUGAACUGGUGACUUCGGAAGCCUCUUACUACAAGAGCUUACGCCUGCUGGUGUCUCAUUUCAUGGACAGCGAAAGACUGAAAGCCACGUUGCACCAAUCAGAGUCACACUUCAUAUUCUCCAAUGCAGUGGAGGUGCUGUCCACUAGUGAAAGGUUUCUCCUGGAUUUGGAGCAGAGGUUUGAGGAAAACAUAGUGAUAUCGGAUGUCUGUGACAUAGUCAACCGGCACGCUGCCAAUCACUUUGGGGUUUAUGUUACCUACGUAUGCAACCAAACCUAUCAGGAAAGAGCAUACAGGAAGCUGCUUCAGGAAAGGACCGAAUUCCGUGAAGCAGUGCGACAUUUGGAGAUGGAUCCCGUUUGUCGAGGGCUUCCCUUCUCCUCUUUCCUCAUUCUGCCAUUUCAGAGGAUAACGCGACUCAAGCUUCUGGUGCAGAAUAUCCUGACUAAAGUAGAAGAAGGAUCACACCUGGAGGCCUCAACACUACAAGCACACCGAGAGCUGGAGAAGCUGGUCCGGGCCUGCAAUGAAGGGGUUAGGAAAAUGAGUCGCACAGAGCAACUUAUCAGCAUUGAGAAAACACUUGAAUUUAAAAUCAAGUCUGUACCGAUUAUUUCUCACUCCCGUUGGCUGUUGAAGCAAGGUGAAUUACAGCAGAUGUCUGGACCUCGCACUUCUCGCACACUGCGUACUAAGAAACUCUUCCGUUCCGUAUACCUGUUCCUCUUUAAUGACCUGCUGCUUCUGUGCAAACGUCAGCCAGGAGACCGAUAUCAAGUGUUUGAUGUAGCAGCACGGGGUCUCCUACGUGUGGAAGAGUUGGAAGACCAGGGACAAUCACUGGCCAAUGUCUUCAUCCUCAAGCUUUUGGAGAAUGCACAUGAGAGAGAGUUUACCUACAUGCUGAAGGCCACGUCCCAGAGUGAGAUGAAACGCUGGAUGACUUCCUUAGUUCCAAAUAGAAGAACCAAAUUUGUCUCAAUCACCACCAAACUUCUGGACUGCCCUCAGGUGCAAUGCGUUCAUCCCUAUGUCUCCCAGGAGCCUGAUGAGCUCUCGCUGGACCUGGCUGAGAUUCUCAACAUUCUGGAUAAAACUGAUGAUGGUUGGGUUUUUGGAGAGCGCUUACAUGACCAGGAGAAAGGCUGGUUCCCCAGUAGUGUGGCAGAAGAUAUAUUGAACCGAGAUGUCAGGACUCAGAACUUGAAGCAAUGUUUCCGGGUCCACAAACCUGAUGAAGGGAGCCAGGACAAGGACAGACGGAAGAUGGGAAGCCGAACGCGGCAGUGACCCUUUGAUUUUGGGCAGCAUCAACAGGGGAAGGCAGGGCAAAUGAGCAGUGUGUCUGUGACGCGAUGCAAAUAUUCUCUAUAAAUAUAUGUAUAUUAUCUAAACAUUGGAAAGACCAGCAUUGGAUUUAUGGUGAAAAAAAAUAUAUUGUUAACAUGAAAAAAAUGGUGUUGCAGAGAACUUUUCCCUUUUUUGUCUGACGAACAGUUGGGUCUGCAAAGAACAUAGGAAGCUAAAAGGAAAUCUUUAACUACUCCCACGAUUGGUUGGAUAUGUUCAGUAUUGCUCUGAUGAUUGGGGUGACCCAGAAACCCGAAGAUCUCCAGCUUUUGAUGUAGUCACAUGAUACGUACAAAAAAAAAUGUAUAAUGUAUAUUAAAUCAUCACCACUAACCUUCGUCUGAAGGACAUUUCAUUACAAGGAUUUACGUGAACAUAAAAAGAAGGCGUGUCUGAUAAUUCUCAUGUUGUGGCAUGUGAAGCACACUACUGCCUUUGUGGCUAUGCCAGUUACCUUGUGAUUAAACCUAGGGUUUCGGGUUUAAGAAGUAUAAUUGCAUUUGAUCGGUAUGAGCAUCAAAAACAUAAUAUUUCUUUCAAUGCAAGUCUAUGGUUGCGUAAUUUUAAGCAUUCAUCAAGGUCGGUUCACAGAGAAUUUUCAGAGUGUAAUAACAGUUAUAGUACGGAUUGACGUGACAACCUUUUCUGAUCUCCCAGAUUAAUUUGUGAAUGUAAUGCAAGGGAAUAGAAUGGAGUUUACCUAUAGUCAAGGUCUGGCGCAACAGUAAGGUGAAUGGGGCCCUUAAGACAAAUCAAAGGGCUACUCCAAUGCUCCACGGCUGUAACUCUAAAAUAUGUUCCCUCACUGAUUCACUGCCCACUUAGGCUCAGCCUAUAGUCUUUGGAGGGUACAGGAAAACGAUGCCAAAUCACCUACAAUGGAUUGAGAUGUUGCAUGGUGCAUUCAAUAUUACUA